GCGCGCCCAUGGUGCCGUGCGCCGGCGCGCGUGCGCGGCGGGGGUGGAAGCGCGGCCUCGGCAGCACGUGGGGAACGGGACAGGGCCCGCGGAGCCCGGCGCCGGGAGGGGAUGCGAGCAUGGCCAUGGCCCAGGCCGGCGCCGCGGCCGCCGCUGCCACCGGGCUCCUGGUCUUCCUGCUCUACUCCGCCAUCCACAGGGUCGAGGAGGGACACCUGGCCGUGUACUACAGGGGUGGAGCGUUGCUGACCAGCCCGAGCGGCCCUGGCUACCACAUCAUGCUCCCGUUCAUCACCACCUUCAAAUCCGUGCAGACCACGCUGCAGACUGAUGAAGUGAAGAAUGUGCCUUGUGGGACAAGUGGUGGUGUGAUGAUCUACAUUGACCGAAUAGAAGUUGUGAAUAAGCUGGCCCCAUAUGCAGUGUACGACAUCGUGAGGAAUUACACCGCAGACUACGACAAGACCUUGAUCUUCAACAAAAUCCACCACGAGCUGAACCAGUUCUGCAGCGUGCACACCCUGCAGGAGGUGUACAUCGAGCUCUUUGAUCAGAUAGAUGAGAACUUGAAGUUGGCCCUGCAGAAAGACCUCAAUGUCAUGGCACCAGGUCUCACUAUCCAGGCUGUGCGUGUUACAAAACCCAAAAUUCCAGAGGCCAUCCGAAGAAACUUUGAGCUAAUGGAGGCUGAGAAGACCAAGCUGCUGAUUGCAGCCCAGAGGCAGAAGGUGGUGGAGAAGGAGGCAGAGACAGACCGGAAGAAAGCGCUCAUAGAGGCAGAGAAGGCUGCACAGGUGGCCAGGAUCCACUACCAGCAGAAGAUCAUGGAGAAGGAAACGGAGAAGCGGAUUUCUGAGAUUGAAGAUGCUGCAUUCCUGGCAAGGGAGAAGGCAAAAGCUGAUGCAGAGUACUACACUGCUCGGAAGCUGGCUGACUCCAACAAGCUGAAGCUGACCCCUGAGUAUCUGGAGCUGAUGAAGUACCAGGCCAUAGCUGCCAACAGCAAGCUGUACUUCGGCGACCGCAUCCCUGGCGUGUUCCUGGAUUCCUGUGCCUUCCAGCAGGCCAGCCUGAGGACUGCCCACCAAACCAGCCUUCCUGCACAGGAAACCCCAGAGACCCCUGGAGAAAGCCCCCUGAGAGGCAAGGAGAGCAGUGGCUGAGGGAAGGAAGGGAGCCCAGUGUAGCUCAGCGAGCCCGGCUGUGCCCGGGGACGAGGCCCUGUGCCGGUGGGGCGGAUGCAGCACCUGCCUGCCUGGACAUCUUGUGUAUAGGUGGCAGUUGGGUUGAUUUUCUUCUAGCAACAGAUUGCAAGGGCUCUGCCUCUUCUGUGUCUCCCCCUGUUAAAUUGGUGCUUCCAAAGGAGGGAUAAUCCUGUACUAACAUACCUAUACUGGAAUAUUAAAUGACAGACAGCAGGAAAGCCUCCCAGGGUAGGUGCAGUUAUUUAACAGGAGUUGCUCUGCAGGAAGGAGAUGUGGCUUUGAGUGCUGUGUUGCUGCACACUGGUCGUUGCUCAGCAUUCCUGGCUGAGGCUGAGUGAAGAGGAGGUUCCCCUUGUCCUGCUGCUGAAGCUUUGCUUGGUGAAGGUUUCUGCUGACACUGUCUCGCUCUCCUCAAGGACUCCAGUGGAGUGGACUCUCCUUGGCCAGCGUGUUUCUGCUGGGGGCAAGGAGUGGUUUGCUGUGGAAUAGGUUAUGGGAAUAGGAUCUGCACAGCCUUGAUACUCCUGCAGACAGCAGUGCUAGAUAACCACUUGGAGGAAACAACCUCUGAAGGGAUUCUGUGACCCCUCUCCAAGCAAGAGCCUUGCACUGGCUGCCUGGGACUGACUGUGGUGUUCCCGCUGGAUGGCUGAGUCUCACUCCCUCCUAAACCAGAUUUUCAGGAGCACCUUGGAGCAGCUGGUUGGGAACAGAGCCUGGCAAGUCUUUGCUCAGAUUCCAGCUUCCCUGCAAGUCAUUCACCAGGGAAAGAGGGCUGAGUUUCCACUGCUGUGCCAUGCUGGCAAAGUGAAGGGGAAGAGAAGAGUGAAAGGACCCUGUUGUGCAGCAGAGCAGAUGUUUGACACUUCAGCUGCAAAGUAGGUGAGGCAUCGCUGCUCCUCCUGCAAAAUCCACUGCUCCAGGAAGUGGGACCUGCUUUGUAUGUCCUUGAACAGCCAUGGCAAGGAGUGUGUCCCUGGUCCUCUCAUCCCUGGCCAGGCUUGCUGGCAGAUGGAUCUUCUGUCCUGAUUUGUGCUGUGAUAUAUCCGACCCUGCUCCUGGUGUGCCGUGGCAGGGUGAGGGAGAGCUGCUCGGGGAGGGGGAAAUCUGCUGGGACAAACCUGCUUUCUGCUUUCCCUCCUUCCUCCCCCUGCUUGUGAGGAUGUGCUUGCUUUCAGGACCUGCUCCUCCUCGUGUUCUGUGAGGAUCUGGGGUGCAACACCUGGGGAAGCAGCUGGCAAGAGCUGGAAUACCAUCCUCCUGCUGGGAGCACCCCAGCACUGCCUGCUGCAUGUUCAGUGACCUGUUCUCCCUGUGCAUUCUUCCUGCUGUCCUGUCCCCUCAGAGCAGCCAUGCCAGCCUUGGAGAGGCUGGGGGGUGAUGACACUGAGCACUCAGCCUGUUGGGAUCUUCUGUCCCUGGCUCCAUCUGCAGCCUCCUGGUGAGGGGAGGGAUGUGUUUAGCUUGUGCCAUUGAGAAACAUUGAACCCAAAGCAGCUUUGCCUGUGCUGGUGGUGUGCCUGGAGGAGCUGUGUGGGCUCUGCAGUGCUGUGUCCCACCCUGUGUGACUGGGUUUCAGGGGUGGCAGUGUCUCCAGCAGCACACGGUGCCUCCUGCUGUCUCUGCUCCUGCCCUGGCUGCUCUGCUCCAUCUCUGGGGCACAGCAGGGUUGUGUUGGCCCUGCCCCUUCUGCAGGGUGUGAGACGUAACUGUGGGACUUUGCAGCAGUUCCAGGUGGUCUUUCUUGUUCUCUGUCUGCCUGCAAACUCCCAAGGCUCAGCUGAUGCUCUGCUCCAGGAUCCCAGCUCCUCUUCCAACCCAGCCAUGGCAGGAGCCAGGCACCAGGGCAGAGAGGGGGUAGCAGUGUGUUCUGUAGUGUUUGAAAUGUCUCCUGGAAAUGCUGCUUGGCUUGCAGGGUCCCUUUUUUUCCUGUGGGAUGGGCUUUGAGGGAGCAGUGUAGUCUCAUCUCUCCCUGCCACCUCAGUGUUGCAGCAGGCCCUUGGCACAGACCUCCCCUCGCCCCAGCAGCAUCCCUUUGGUUGGAUUUUGGGAUGAGGGCAGGCUUUAUAGGCUAGAAGCACUGCUGGAGGGAAUGAUGGCAGGAAUGUGGUCUCCAUCACUAUUUUCUCCAUGUGUUACUGGGGUUGGGCACACUGGGCAUCAGGAAUGGCUGGACGGAGUAGGUUCUGCCAGCCUGGAAGUGACAAGGGCAGAGAGGAACUGCUGGGAGCAGCAAGCAGGCAGUUCACAGCUAUCCUGCAGUGAUCAGAGCAAGAUGUCCACGCAGGGAGCAGGAAAGCCUGCCAGGCCAGCGCAGGAAGAGCUGCUUCCCUUCGGAUCCGAGCCUUGCUGUGCCUCCCUGCGCCAUGACUUCGCCUUAAGUGGCUGUCACUGGCUCAGUGUCCCUCUGUAUGCAUCAGCCACCUCCCCACGUGGUCUGAGGGAUCCCAGGGGACACUCCCGUGGUCCCAGGUCCUGCAGCAGCAUGUGUGAUGCCCAGUGCCUUCUGCAGCAGCCUCCUCCACCCUUCCCUGCUUCCCCAGCCCCGCUGCAGCAGCCCCAGCGUGUGCAGGAGGGGGUGGCCACGGCUUCGGCACCCUGGCGUGGCCUUGCUGCCCUCUGAGCCCCAGCUGUGAGCAGGGACGUGGCUGCUGCCGGGAUUUUGGGAUGGAACUGGCUUUUUUCUCCUCUCCCGUGGCCUGUGUGGGCCUGUGACUAAAGGGGUCUGCCCCUGGAUGCGCAUCUCCUUAAGGAAACACGAUACAUCCGGUCAGGUUUACAUUCACAGUUAAGUUCUUUUGAUAAAGCAGAAUAAAAUUAUUUUGUUACCAUUUUUUGGGAUGGUUUUAUGUGUCCUAGGGCUGGUGGCACAUGAAGUGGGGGACCCCUCUGCCUGUCCCCCUGCAGCAGUACUGCAUGGUGUGGAUGUCCUCAGCUGCAGCGAGUGCCACCCUGGGAGCCUGUGCUCAAAGCCAGCCACAGCCAGGAUGGUGCUGAGCAUGAGGGGACUCCCUGCAGCAUCCUGGGGCAGCCUGGCUCUGCGUGGCUGGCAAAAUGUGCUGCACUUUGGCCCCUGUGGCUCU